GCAGCUCACUCGGCAGAAGCGAAUCGCUUCUGGAGGUAUUCGCUCUGGCAGCGUCGGAGCCUCCGUCCUUUGACCGUGUAUUUCUGAGUUCCGCUGCUGAUACCGGAUUUUUUUUUCCUCGGUAUUCAGUGCGACAUCCCUUCCCCUCGCCCAUUCGUGCCGCAGAAAUAUAGUUUACCCAAAUCCCCUAAAGCUGGGCCCAAAAGGCCGCCCGAUUAUAUUGGAUUAUCUUCACCGCAUAUCGUCUCCGAACCAGCGGAACAGAUAAAUGGGGACAGUAGUUUGCUAACGAAGGCAGGCAGUGCUUGAGUGUUGGAAGAGAGAGAAAAAAAAAAAAAAAAAACAACUCGCCACGAUGGUUCGGCCAAAUCAGCUCAUCGCCAUUGUUUUUGGAUUAUUUCUGGUUAUACUAGCAGAUACGACGAGCCCUCCUUACUACCGACGAGUAUCGAACAGAGUGCAAUCGAGACCAGCUGUUGUAGAAACCGUGCAGAGAGGAGAUAUGUCGCCGUCAGAAGCUUUCGGCAAGAAUCAGUAUAGUUGGAGCCGGGUGACGACAAUGAGGCCCAGAGGUGUGCUUCUAAAGAAACCUCAACCCUGCGAAGUUGGCUCGUGUUAUCCAGCUACUGGAGAUUUGUUAAUCGGGCGAGAAAAUCGAAUCCGUGCUUCGUCUACCUGCGGUUUAAAAGGACCUGAAAGAUACUGCAUAGUUUCUCACCUUCAGGAUAGGAAAAAAUGUUUCUUUUGUGAUAAAAGAAUUCCAAAGCAGCAACACGGGGUUGAAAAUAUUGUCCACAAAUACCAGCCAAACCAUCGCGCUGCAGAGACUUGGUGGCAGUCGGAAAAUGGUGUGGAAAAUGUCACACUGCAGCUGGACCUGGAAGCGGAAUUCCAUUUCACCCACAUAAUCAUAAAAUUCAAGACGUUCAGACCAGCUGCAAUGUUGAUCGAACGUUCUUACGACUUUGGCAAGACCUGGCAGGUGUACAAAUACUUUGCCUAUAACUGCCAGCAGUCAUUCCCUGGCGUGUCGACGAAGGCAUCUCGGAACUUGACGGAUGUCGUGUGCGAAUCGCGAUAUUCCAACGUUGCUCCAUCAGAAGGUGGUGAGAUAAUCCAUAGAGUGCUGCCACCGAACCUGCAAAUCGACAACCCGUACUCGAAGGAAGUUCAGAAUCUUUUGAAAAUGACCAACUUGCGGAUCAACUUCACAAGGCUGCACACUUUGGGUGACGACUUGUUGGACAACCGCGCAGAGAUACGAGAGAAGUAUUACUACGCCAUAAAAAACAUGUGGGUUCGAGGAUCCUGCUCGUGCUACGGACACGCGUCGAGGUGUCUACCCUUGCCCGGAAUACCCGAAAGGCAGGACAUGGUUCAUGGCCGUUGUGAAUGUACGCACAACACCAAGGGACUGAACUGUGAAUAUUGCGAGGACUUCUUCAACGAUUUACCGUGGAAACCUGCGGUUGGAAAGCAAACCAGUGCCUGCAAGAUGUGCAACUGUAACAAUCACAGUCAAAGUUGUCAUUUCGACGAGGCCGUCUUCGAGCGAUCUGGAAGAGUUUCCGGCGGUGUUUGUGACGACUGUCAGCAUAACACUCGUGGGCAAAAUUGUGAACAGUGCAAGCCAUUCUUCUACCAUGAGUCCAGUAGAGAUAUGACUGACGCUGAAGCUUGCCAACCCUGUGACUGCGAUCCCUCCGGUUCCUUGGAUGAUGGAAUCUGCGACUCACGCACUGACGAGUUAAGUGGUGAUGAAUCUGGCCGGUGUCACUGCAAGGCCAACGUUGAAGGUAGACGGUGUGACAGAUGUAAGAAUGGAUUCUGGAAAUUCGACUUUAACAACCCGGACGGAUGUCAAGCGUGUACCUGCAAUACUGUCGGAACGAUCGGUAACCAAGGGUGCAACAUGCUGACGGGCGAAUGCACCUGUAAGCGUUACGUAACCGCACGUGACUGCAGUCAAUGUCUCCCAGAAUAUUGGGGUCUUUCCGAGGAACAAGACGGCUGUAAGCCAUGCGAUUGUGACCUUGGUGGAGCCUACGACAAUUUCUGUGAUGUCGUGACAGGCCAGUGCCGCUGCAGGCGUAACAUAGGUGGGCGAACCUGUAAUGAGCCAGAGCAAAGUUACUACACUGUUUCCUUGGAUUUCCUCAUUUACGAAGGAGAGAAUAGUCGAGCAUCCAGCAACUGUCAGAUUGUGAUCAGAGAGCCCUACCGUGACGGGAGAAACACCACGUGGACUGGCAGUGGGUUCAUCAGAGCUUACGAGUUCUCAAACUUGACCUUCGUUAUAGACGACAUCGUGAAAACCAUGGAGUACGACAUAGUCGUGCGAUAUGAACCUGAAAUCGCAGGGCCCUGGCAGAAAGUGCGAAUCUUUAUCGAAAGGGACGGUCCAGUCGACCCUGACGGACCCUGUAGAAAUUGGCAGCCUUCUGAUGACCGUGUCACAAUGCAGCUCUAUCCUGACAGACAUAGUGCCGUUGCAAUUAGAAACGCCUGUUUGGAAUCAGGAAAGAGAUACAUCGUACAUUUGACUUUUGAUGCAUACGAUCAACGUUACCAAACACCGUCGGCAUCUAUUCUAAUUGAUUCGAUCACGUUGAUCCCUAGACCUGAGAGCAUACCGGUCUUCAGUGGAUCCCCACUUGCGGAAGUGCGCCGCCAAGAAUACGAAGCUUACCGAUGCGGUGAUAUGUUUUACGACUUGUACGAUAGGGACCAACAGAUUUCCGAUAUCUGCAAACAGUAUCAGUAUAUCAUUGGGACGUAUGUGUUCGACGGUGGUCAUGCAUGUGAAUGUAACCUGACUGGGUCACACAGUCUGCUUUGCAAUCAAUUCGGAGGCAGAUGUUCCUGCAAAACAAACGUGAUCGGUCGUCGAUGCGAUAGUUGCGCACCUGGAACCUACAAUUUUGGACCAGAAGGCUGUAAGCCGUGCGACUGUGACGCCGUGGGAGCGUUGGACAACUUCUGCAACGUUGAGACGGGGCGGUGCACUUGUCACCCGAACACGUACUCCAGAACGUGCGGCCUGUGUCAACCAGGCUUUUGGAACUUCCCACACUGCAGACGAUGCGAGUGCAACGGUCAUGCCGACAGCUGCGACUCGAAGACGGGAGCUUGCAUAAACUGCCAGGACUCAACGACGGGCCACAACUGCGAUAUGUGCAUAGCGACAUUCUACGGUGACCCACGUAUCGGCGUCGACAUCCCUUGCAGGCAGUGUCCAUGUCCGGGCGCCAUAGCAUCGGGUCAUUCAUAUGCAGACAGCUGCUCACUGGAUUCCAUAACUCAAGACGUGGUUUGCGAAUGCUACGAAGGUUACGCCAGUCCGAGAUGUGAAACCUGCGACGAUAACUACUAUGGAAACCCAGAUGUUCCCGGUGGCAGUUGCACGCCAUGCGAUUGUAGCAAUAACACUGACCCGGCUCGACCGGGCAACUGCGAUCCGAAGACCGGGGAAUGCCUCCAGUGUUUGUUUGACACCGCUGGCUCACACUGCCAGAUUUGCAAGCCGCAAUAUUACGGCGAUGCCUUAGAGAAAAACUGCAAAUUCUGCGAGUGUAAUGUACUUGGUACAGAUCAGAGCGCGGGCCCCUGUAAUCACCGAUCGGGACAGUGUCCGUGUCUCCCGCAUGUCAUGGGUCAGUUCUGUGACCACUGCGAAGAGAACCAUUGGCGAAUUGCAAGCGGAGAAGGCUGCGAUCCGUGCGAAUGUGACGCGAUUGGAAGUAUUUCGGACAAAUGUAACGAGUACGAUGGAACUUGCGAGUGCAGGCCAGGUUUCGGUGGAAGGCAGUGUAACGAGUGCCAGAAGAAUCACUGGGGCGAUCCGAAUAUUGAAUGUAAAACUUGCGAGUGCAGUUCCCUUGGUUCAGCCACGCCGCAGUGUGACAGACAAACCGGGGCUUGCGUGUGCUACGAAGGUAUCGGGGGCGUAAAGUGCGACCACUGUGAUCGAGGCUACCUCGGUUUUGCUCCGACCUGCCGCCCUUGCGGAGAAUGUUUCGAUAAUUGGGACAUGACCCUUCAAGGAGUGAGGAAUCGGACAAGCAAUGUAAUCACAGAUGCUUCGAGAAUCAAAAAGGUUGGUAUAACCGGAUUCUACACGUCCGAGUUCGAUCAAAUGGACGACUCGUUGAACCAAGUCAAGGCUCUGGUGAGCGAUACCAGCGUAAGAGGACAAGACCUGGAAAAAUUGAGCGACAUGGCGGCGGAUCUGAAAAACGUCAUUCAGGCAUCUCAGAUGAGACUUGACGAGCUCGACAACCUCCAGGACAGUAUUAGUCAACGUGUGCAUCUCGCCGACGCGGCCCUUAAAAACAUGAGAAAUAGGACGGACAAUCUGCAUCAAGACGCUGCGCAGUUGAAGAAGGACGCAACGAAGUUACAAGAGGCUAACGUGCAGGGGGCUCUGAACGUCACCGUUGAAAUGGCCGAGCAAUCGAACGAGGCUGAAAGAAUGGCCAAUGGUACAUUGAACACCUUGGCCGAGGCUGAGCGGUACCAUACGAACACGGAAAAUUUCCUCAGUAAGAAUUCCCUCAGCUUCAAGGAGGCCACGGAUCAAAACAAGGAGUCCAUUGCUCGGCUUGGCGACCAGGUGACCACCAUAAAAUCCAUGCUGCCUGAUUUAAACCUUGAAGUUUGCGGAGAGCGCGUCACUGAGUGUAGUUCACUGUGCGGUGGAGCUGGAUGUGGUUCUUGUGGAGGAUUGUCUUGUGAUGCUGGAGCCGUGGCAAAAGUCAACUUGGCACUGGAUCUGGCCGAUAAGCAAACAGCGGCGAUCAAGAAUCAUCGGGAUAAAGCUGAGCAACUACUGAGGAGUAUGUCUCAAGUACAACAAGAAGCAAUCGCAGCAAGAUCGAACGCUCAAGAUGCGUUCAACCAUGCCUUGUCCGUAAGGAAUGAGACGGACGAAUUGUCCGCCGAUUUGACAGCGCUCACCGACAGGAUGUGGAAUUUCCUUACGGAGGAACAAUCAACCCCAGCUGAGGUCAGAGACCUGGCGAAGAAGGCAUUGAGUAAAAACAUUCACUCGAAUCCAGAACAGAUCAAAGAACUCGCGCAGAACAUAUCCUUGAUGGUUGGGUCGCUGACGAAUCCCGAGAAAAUCAUCGCCGAAGCAGCCGAUGGUUUGAGGCGGGCUAACCAACUGAGAGAACGAGCCAACGCUACGAAGAACGAGGCGAUAGCCAAGGAAGUGCAAGCCGAAAAGAUAACCAAGCUAUUGACUGACGCUCAGUCGGCUCAGGACAAUGCUGACAAUGCUGUAAGAAAGGCAACGGACGAUAUUACUCAGUCCCAAGCGCACUUGACCACGAUUAUUCAGGGAAUGAAAAUGGCCAAGGACACGGCCGGCAAAUUAACCGCGAGCGUCGGCGCCUUGGAUUCGAGACUCGAGAAUCUUCAGACUCAGCUGAUAAAGGAUGACUACAUACUUAACGAGGAGAUUGCAAAGCAGGUUGCUGAAGUGGUACUGGAAGCUGGAACAGUCGAUAACAAGACGAUGAAACUGAGACAGGAGUAUCAACAAGCAAAAAAUUCACUGGGGAACCGAGUCGACAGGAGUAAAGGAAACAUCGAGAAGGCAAAAUCACUUUUGGCAAGGGCGUCUGAAUUGACGGCCGAUACUUCGACCAAGUUCAAGGACCUCGACGGUAUGGAGAUUGUGUAUAAAGACAACGAGAGAAAAUUGUCUAGGCUCAUGGAAAUCGUCGACUCUUUGACAAACGAAAUGGAACAACAUUUGAAGGAAAUUGAUACGAAGUCCAUAAGGUACCGGCAAUGUUCCACUUAAGCAAUAUUAUUAAUUAAUACGGCAUUUAUAAAUUAGAUCACAAAUCAUAGAAAAAAAAAGAAGAAAUUAUAGAAACGAAGACAGGAAGAUCGGUACGUUUGAUAUUUCAUUCAUCGUUGGUGCAUACAGUUUUAAAAAAUUCAAUCAAAUUUGCUACAAUUGCAGAAAUAAUUCAUUGAAUGACGCAUUGAAUCUCAGCUUUCACUGCUACGAAUUUGAUACUUCAGAGUCAGCUUGUGAAUGUUUAUUAUUAUUGUCAUUACUUCCAUUGUUAUGCAUCGAAUCUGUCGGUGCACAAAAUGGCCCAUUAUUUCAUUCAGCAAUGCCAAGUACGAAAUAGAUGUGUAAAAUGAAGAAAUGACGUUAUGCGAAUAGUGACUAGCACCUAAUAUAAUAAAUUAAUAUUGAAUGUAUAGGAACGAUCAGGACUUUGAAACGUCAUCGUUGAGUAUAAAUUUUUUUAUUAUUUUUAUAAACACUACGUUAAUAAUAGAAAUAUACAAUCAUGUCUGCCUUGACGUACCUAUACAACAUAUGCAAAACACAUGCAUAUGCGUUUAAUAUUUUAUUAUUAUUAUAAUAUUAUACUUUUCGAUACAUUAUUAUUAUUAUUAUAUAUUGUACAGAAAAAUUGUAAAGAGAUGGAAAAAAAAAUUGAA